AAGGUUCACUUAUCUUCCUGAUCUCGUGUAAAAUGCGCGAAACAGAAGAUGUGUGUGUGAGAGGAUAAUUGAAUCGCGCGUAUUCACCUUUGAUUUUGCUCAGAAAUGGUGGCAUUAGGCGUGGUUGGUGGCUCGGUCUCGAAUAGCCCUACGUUGAUGUUGGACGACAAUGGCUCGAGUCCAGUGUUCCAGUGCGAAUUUUGCUGUCGUCAGUUCUCUUCUGCUGGGAAUUGCCUUCAGCAUGAACUAAGCCACGAAGAAAAUUUGAUUCUCCUUCAGUGUCCCAAGUGUUUUUCUUGCUUCGACGUCGUUGAAGACUUACUCGCCCAUCUCUCGUCGUCUGCGUCAUCUUGUCUCCAAGCUUUCGGUGGUCAGCAGGUAACCGUUGCGUCUGACAGCUGCGUUCACGCUGGUCAAUGUCAGAAGUGUGAAUGCUGCAAACGUUGCUUCCAAGUGAAGGAUUCUGAUUCUGCUGGAGCCUCAUAUAGGUGCGAUACCUGUCGUUUGGAUGCCGAAAUCUCUAGAUUGGUCGACCUUGAAGCUGCGAAGUGGGCCGAAGCUGCCGCCGAGGAUUCAAAUGCAAGCGCGACACCGUCUGAUGUCAACACGGAGACGAUGGAAGACCAAUUGAAGUGGAAAUCGGACUCACCGAAAGAGAGCGAUUCCAGGGCAACGGACACAGUUGUACAUGUUCAGAGUUAUCCGUGCGAAGAGUGUGGGAAACGUUUCACGAGACAAAACAGUCUCACGGUCCAUCGCAGGCUGCACACGGGAGAAAAGCCGUACAGGUGUGCUCAGUGCGGACGCGCGUUUUCCGAUAAUUCCAAUUACAACAAGCAUCGGAAGAGCCACCACAAAACGGAUCCGGGCGCACCGUCACUCCUUGAUGUGGCGUCUCCUCUACCCGACGUGUCGGUCAACCGACGAUCGACACCGACACUGAUGUCGCAUUAUCACGCAUGUCCGACGUGUUCGCGGUCCUUUGCGCAUCCGUCGAGUCUCAUGCGACAUCGCAAACUCCUCAGACACUGA